CGAUACACCAUACCGUUUCUGAAGCCCGAAAGAUGGUAUGGGCUGCGAUUUAAAAGUGAGAAUGAGGUGAACGGGGAGACUAAUGUUCAUACGGAGACUCGCCUACUACGAACAGCAAGCCGACAGCAGACCAAAAUCACGCCGAAUCAGUUGUACCAGGUCCUGAUGCAUCGUAACCUUGAUGGCGAAGAAAGUGCUGAACACCUGUACGUGACGUCAAAGUGGUCAGGGCAAGAGCGGGUGCCUAACGGUGAAUUGCAUGUGCAUGUGAAAGUGCACUGCGAAUCAUCUUCGACCACCGAGCAAAUGGUCCUCCACGGGAACGAGGAUUCUAUCACCAUUGAAAUAUCUGUG